GACGUAGCUGCACUCGCCCGCGCUGCCAAGCGAUAACGCGCCCUCUUUAAACUCGCUCGAGUACAAUCGACUCCAUUCACGUUUCGGAAGUCGCAGCUUUGCGUAUAAACGCUAAACGCGAACUCAACGGAGGUCCCGAAACCGGCUCCACGACCAUAUGAUCUGAGGCUCUGAAUUCGGAUACAGGACGCAGUGGUUAUGUGUAAAUAAACAGUGGAAGUGUGUCUCGACUCCUAGUGGAACUAUGACUGUGUGACAGAAGACUUUCUCGUGAAAGUGUCUAGUGAUGUUGCAGUUGUUUGAAAUGUGAAUUGUUGAAUUGUUAGCUGGUGUUUUUUGUUAGGGCCAUGGCGGGUGCUAACGGUGAGGAUGUGGAGGAGGCGCCGGAGCGCAAGCGCGGGCUGAGCGGGUCCAUGUCGCUGCGCACGCGCAAGUUGGGCCGGAGGCUCUCGCGCAGUAUGUCCAUCGUGGCCUUGAAACUGCCGGAGAAGGCGCAGAGCAUCACACGCUCCUCUUCCAAGCUGAUGCGUUCGGGCAGUCGAGAUAAGAAGAACCGCUCCUUCGAACUCUCUAUUAUACUUCCUGAUAAGACUCAGAAACAGACUAUAGUAUGGGGCAACGCCACAGUCGCCGAAGUUGUCUGCGAGCCGUUACAAGAAGCCGGCGCGGUAGUGGUAGGCCUACCAUCUGGGCCCCUCUCGGCCCCGGUAGCGGUCACGCUUGGUGGGCCUCUGCCUUCCCCAGCCUGUUUACCCGCGCCGCCAGCACCUCCAGCAGCCUUGCUGUUUCUAGGGGGAUCCAAGGCGCCGGUUGACGCGAGAGCACCGGCGGCAUCUCUGGAAGGAGAAGUGCUUGUGGUCGAGUAUCAGCCGCCGCAGUGGGAUGGGAAGGAUCUGGACACGUUUAUCGCCUGGGAAAAGAUUUAUGCUGCGACUUUAUUCUCGGCGGUGGAGCUUUAUGGCAAGCCUCUGUUACGCGCUGCUGUUAUCACCAAAGAAGAAUACCAUUUGUUGUUCUACUACCUGGAAUCCGUAUCGGAGGCCAGCGAAGCUCUCACGGAGCGCAUGAGGAAAUACAUCGACUCCGGCUUGCUUAUCAACGAAGGCAAAAAACAGGACGACACUAUUUCAGUGUCAUCAAAAAAGACAGAGAAAGAAGCGGAACAAAAGAGCAUUCUAAAAGAAUUGCUUCAAGAAGGAGUUUUGUCCCAAAGAGAUAUUGACGUUUCUUCGGAAAUAACGACCUCAGAUUUCCAUGAACAAUCUACUGAAAGUCGUAAAUUUGAUGAUAACGAGUCUCUUGUUUCCUCAGCUAAUACUAGUCUUCGUAAAGUUAUCGUUGAUAUUCCCAUAGAUUGCAACGAAUCCGUGACCGAUAGCUCUAUUAUAGAAACCAGUGACAAUGUGACCACUGUGACCAUCAGAAGCGGCGGUCAAUGCUGCGCUGAUCAUAGGAUCUCCGCUGACGCUAGUGAAAAUGUUUGGGCUAACGUGAGGUGGGAUUUUCUCAAUCCUGCAGAUUUUGGUUACGACCAAGUGAGACGCGUGCAAAGAAGCCGAUCAGACUCUGCCCUCACACCCUUAAGCAGGCGACGAAAUGAAGAGAUAUAUGAAAGGUUACGAGACGUAGAAGGUGAGUCUUGCGGAAGCAUUACUCCUUACGAAUCUAUUGAAGAUCUAUAUGACUGUAUUAAGAACUCCCAGUAUACGAGCGCGGCUGCCGAAGAGUCCUCGCCUUCGACCGAGAGCCAGUCUGAACCGCAAUUUCCCGACUUCUUCGAAAAAACCAGCACUAAACGUCAAAGUUCUGCGAGUAGUGAAAAAAGCGGGGACUCUUCCGUAUUUCCGUUUUCAAAAUGCGGUUCGAGCGAUUCCGCGGGCGCUAUGACCUCUUGCGAGUCCACCAGUGGCAUUAGUACUUUUGCUUCGAAAAGUAUGCCCGAGUCGUUGAAGUGCAGAGAGCUGCCGCCACCGCCGGCGGAGGGCGAUGCUACCGAGAGUGCGAUCCUGCUGAAGCAGCUUUUCACUGGAGAACUGAUGGAUGCGUACAACGAGUUCCUGUCGGCGUAUCCUUACGCCCGCGCCCUGUUGCGGAGGAAAGCGCGGCGCGACGAACACUUCACCGCCCUCGCAGACAUCAGACGAGGCGCUGCAAAGUACACCAUCCGCGACUAUCUGCAACUUCCGAUCGAGCGGUUGGCCCAGUACGAGCGAUUGGCGGGUGGCGGUUGCGCGCGACGCCGCGCCGCGCGGCUCUCGGACCUGGAGCGCGUGCAGGACCUCUUCCCGCACGACUACCUCGCGCUGCACGACGUGGACGCACCCGCGGCGCUCGCCUCGCACCAUGCGCAGAAAUCGAAAAGCCUUCGCAAGAGGCCAAGUUUGGACAUCGGCGGAACAGUCACUGCGAGCACCACCUCACUUUCACCUCGCACCUUCAUCAUGGAGGCACCUGUCCAGCUAGGCCCCUUGGGAAACACGUCCCCACCUCUAGAUCGUCAUCUGUUCCUGUUCAGCGACUUGCUGAUAGUCGGCAAGUCGCGAGGAAGCAACUGCUUUAAACUAAAGGAAUGCGUCAGACUAGCCGAGAUGUGGAUAUCGCUGCCAGACGGCGACGAUACCGGCUUCCUGAUCGGAUGGCCGACGCUCACUGGCGUCGCCAACUAUCUUGCCACGUACCCCACGCAAGCUACUAGAGAUACCUGGUACAGGAAAAUUCAAAAUGCUUUAACUGCUCAGCUGUCCAUGGAACCAAAGUCAACUAACAUCCAGAUCUUUUACAAAGAUCAGACGUCUUCAAUUGAAUUCUGCAAAACUGUAUCCGUGGGUCCAGAGAUGAGCGCUCGCUGUGUCGUCCGCCAAGCCUUACAUGUCUUGCAAAAUGGCGGAACAGAGGGAGAUGGAGAUGCUGAAGCUGAAGGCGAGAAUGAAGGAGAUGGCAGAUGGGGAGCAGCGAGUGAAUUUGCGCUUUACGUGCGAAUUUCAAGAGAUGCUCCACCAACUCCUUUGCAAGGCAUCGAAAGACCACAUGCCAUACAGAUGUCUAGAAUAAGGCAAACUUUAUCAAAUGAAGAUGGUUUCGACUUGGAACAUGUAAAUGCCAAGAACAACCCGUGUGGUUUGGUGUUCGAGUUAAGAAAAAAGAACCAGGGAUUAAAAAACGGCAGUAUCACGCCGGGACGAGGAUUGCGCUUGCUGCGUCGCGGCGGGCGGCUGUUCGGCGUGCCCCUCACGCGGCUCUGCAACGGCACCCCGCCGCCGGCGCUCCUGCACGCGCUGAAGAGGCUGCGCGCGGUGGCACCGCUUACACAUGGAGUCUUCCGGCGGAGCGCAAACGCGAAGGCCUUGAGACUGCUCAGGGAUAAGCUGGAUACCCUUGGCCCAUGGGCGGAGGGCAGCGCAGAACUAGACCGAGCUCCCGUACUACUACUGGCUGCUUUAGUGAAGGAAUUCUUCCGUGCCCUGCCCCAACCGCUUCUAUCUGCUGAUCUGUACCCGUCCUGGUUACAACUACUCGGUUUACCUCAGACGGAAAAAGUCAAUGCCGUACGUUCGUUAUUAUUGAAACUGCCGAAAUCGCACUACAACAUGUUGACGUACUUCGUGUGCCUGCUUCAAGCCAUCGCCAAGAAGUCGAACAUCAACCUCAUGUGCCCCAUGAACCUCGGCGUGUGCGUUGGCCCGAGCCUUCUGUGGCCCAACACUCCCUGUGACAAAGCUCCCAAAGCAGUGCCAAUGGUCGUAGAACUUUUAAUAGUGAAAGCUGAAGUUCUUUUCGGCCCACAAAUAUCUGGUCUUCUGGGAAGCGGCAGCCCGGAAUCUUCAAAUGCACUGCUUGACUCCGGCGCAGAAGAAAGCGAUAGUCUUCAUUCGGUUGGAAUUUCACUUGACUCAAUGGAACUAUCUUCACCUCGCAAGGAAAAGUUAUCCUUGAGCCGAGAUUCCGGGCUGACACUGUCAGAAGAUGAUUCAAACAGCAACGGAGGAAACAGUCCAGCGCCACGCAAUAUACUGCACAGCCUAUCGGCCCCAACGUGUACUCUACAACAGGAGAACAAAAUGGUAUCACGAUACUCAGCAGAAACCCACAAUGUCAACGGACUCCCGCAGAUGUCGCACAGGCAAAACCUAUAUUCGAACAAAUCAGAAUUGUACAACACAGUCAAUGAAGAGCUUUACACGACACCCUACAUUGGCGAACGUUAUGUUCACAACUCGAUUAAUAUUGGAAUCUCAAAUAUUGACGAAAGAAAUUAUGUUUCCAAAACUGCCGUCAAACGGUCGACGGCAGACAUUUAUAGUCAAAGUCCCGCGAAGUAUAUUACAGGUCUUGAACCACAGAAACCACCGAGGAGCAACGUUUCUAAGGCUGCUCGUACUUCAAAGGUUUACAGUAUGUUCUCCGAAACCCAGGAUUUAGAUAAAACCAUAACUAAUAAGAAUUUUAACAGAGCCAAGAGUUCCGAUAAUCUUUUAGAAGUCAAACAGGAACCAAUGGAUAAGAAGCGCGAUCUGGUUUCUAGUCAAGAAAAUAUUUUGUACAGCAAUUUACACGACCUGGCCAUGUUUACUGAGACCAUACAGCGACAGACCCAGUAUCAGGCGCAUGCUGAUAUACUAGCUAAUACUAAUUAUUCGCGAGUAUAUACUGGGUGGGAAAAGAAAAGUGCGAACUACAAUAACAAGCCAGAAAACAUAUAUGGACAAAUGACAAAGAAGCCUGGAGAACCCUCUCAAAAUAACGAUGGUAAAGUAACACCGGCAGCCACCAUUUUUACAAGAAAUGACUGGUCUCGUCAAGCAGCGAGGACGAAAAGUUUAGAAGUUAGUGAAGACGGGCAAUCUAACAGCAGCUCUGAAAAAGUUCGAAACGGCAACUACGAUGUUAUAAACAACGGGAACAACUGCCGCAAACGACGCUUCGAUCCCGCCCAUAUGUGCAACAAAAGUUGUACGGCGUCUCCAGUAGCUGACAACAGAGCACGAGAAAAACUUAUGAAUCCUUUACAAAAAGUAUAUUCCUACGUGGAUAACAUGCAUAACUCGGAUGAAAGCAAAAAAUCCAGACAUCGCAACUAUAACAACAACAAGUUGAAUGCCUCAAAAUCGCUAGCAAACAUUAUUCUGCACAGCGAUUCCAGCAGCAGCGACACGCUGUAUCAGCCGCAGAACUCAUUUAACAGUCGAUCGACCGAGUCCCCCGCCAGUGAGAGCUCGUUCGAGAACUGCUACACGACCCAGUAUAUCGAGCCCCUUUACACUUCCGUUUACAAUCGUAGGCGGGACAUCUUCCACGAAGAGAAGUCGAGCAACAUGUUUGCGUCGGACAUCUACAAAGCUACACCGACGGCGGUGAAUCCGGAGUACCACGCGUCAGAGCAAGAACAAAACAACAACAAGAAGCCGCCGCACAUGCCGCCGCCGGUGCCGCCGAGGAAGAUGGUAUAUCAGAGAGUACUGAAGAAGUUCCCACCGGUUCAUGUGAACAAAGACGACAAGGCAUCGAGGUCCAAGUCCGUACCGCCGCUGUACAGGGACCCGCCCAAUGGUGCUGACAAAACUGACCAAAACGUUUUAGCUUUGGACUGCUCCGAGUCUGACACCGAGUCGGAAUCCUACGUUUAAACGCUGCUUGAAGCACAAGAAGGUACCUAUAUUAUAUAUGAAUGUUUGAAUCGCACCAAGUUAAAUCUUGGUGAGUUAACGAGCUGCCAUCAGAAAUAUUACAAUGAUUUAAAAUGAAUAUUGUUAAUCACAUAGAAAUGUUGAAAUAACUUACAUCUGGAAGUAAGAAAAUGUACGGGAAUUCAGCAUUUCACUAGAUAUACCUAUAUCUG